AUCAAAAGCUCAGCCUCUGUUUUUCCCGAAUGAUUUAUCAAGAGCGAGUUUGAAGCUAGACUGCAUUUGAACCUGAGUUUAGUUUCGCUCGUAGCGUCUGUCGGACUUUGUGAUGUUUGUUGUAAACAUGUCCGUCGUGUUUUCAGCGCUACUUAACCUUAUUUCAUCUUAACUUUUUUCUUUUUCUUUUUUUUUUCCCAUGUACGCCACAGAGUCUGGCCACGCAGGGAACAAAACUGAGUGAGACCUCCUUCAAGGUUCUUCAUACUUCACUGUGAAAUCUGGAAAACUAUGAGUAAAGAGUCCAGGAUGAAGGCAACGAUAAACCAGAAGCUGACAGAGAUGGGGGAGCGAGAGAGGCUGAAGGAGUUACUGAGGGCUAAGCUCACUGAGUGUGGAUGGAAGGACCAGAUGAAGGCUCACUGCAAAGAGGUAAUCAAAGAAAAAGGCUUGGAGCACGUGACUGUGGAGGACCUGAUGGUAGAGAUCACUCCUAAAGGAAGAGCCUUGGUGCCAGACAGCGUCAAGAAAGAGCUUCUCCACAGAAUACGAGCCUUUUUAGCUCAGCACGCCACCUGAUGUUAGUAUUCCUUUAGACCACUUGCCUAUACUGUCAUGAUUCAGAAGAAAAUUUUUAAAGAAUGAAUGUACUUGAGUUUUAAACGUUUCUAUUUCAUUAUCAUGCAUUUCUGUAACAUACUGACUCACACUUUGCUAUUUGGUUGUGUGUUUUAACUCGUUCUUUUACCACAGUGGUAAAUGCACAGGGUGGCUGCAUUGUUUUAGAAGUGUCCAACAGUAACAUUUGCUAAUAAAAUGCCUUAAAAGAAAGCA